AGCAGCUCUGUGUGGGAAAAGGUUGAGGGGAGGGGGUGUGCAGCCUGGAGAAAAGGUGGCUGUGAGACCUCACUGUAGUCUUAGUGCCUGAAGGGGCUAAUGCACAGGAGGAGAGUGGCUCUGUACGUGGGCUGAGAGAGACAGAGCAAGGGGAAAUGGCUUUAAACUUAAAGAAAAGAGAUUGCUGAGGGGAAAUCCUUCACCCAAAGGGUUGUGCAGCCCCUGGGGGUGCCUGAGGCCAUGGAUGGGGCCCUCAGGAUGAGCUGGGGGGCAUCCAGCCCACAGUGGGGAGUUGGAACCAGAUGGGGUUCAAGAUCCUUUCCAACCUAAGCUGCUCUGUGAUUCCCUCUGAAACUGGGGAAUGGAAGAGGAAGCUGCCUGCGUGGGAACUGCUCCUGGUGUGCAGCUGUCUGCAUUGUGCUGAGUGGGAGGGGAAGUGGCACAGGGGGCUGCACGGGGCUGGGACUCCCUGCUGUCCGGAGCCGUCUCCUCCCAGCCCCUGCGUGCCAGGCCCUCGUCCUUCCCUUUUAAGGUGAUGCUGGAGAGAAAAUCCAUCUUCCUCCUCCCCUCCGUGCUGCUUGCAAGCAGGGCUGUAGCCAGGGCUGUUGUGCUGCUGCUCGCCGGCCACGUGGCUGAGCCUGGAGCUCUGGAGCCACUCCUGGGCUGCGGUUCCUGGCACCACAGCCUUGCCAGCACAUCUGGCCUCGGAGCAUCCUCCUCCUUCUUCCUUCCUCCUCCAUCCCGUGCCGUGGGCAGUGCUGCCUCGCCGUCUGGGUUUGGCUCACUGCCACUCUUGGGUUUGGCACAGCACUGGCAAAGCGCUCGGGGGGGGGGCUCUCUGUGGGCUGGGAGACAGGAAGGAAACCUCGUGCAGCACGGGGGGGGCCUCUCUCCCUCCCUCCCUCCCACUGACUGCUGGCUCUCUCCGCAGGUAGGACAGGUCUUCCUCUACUUCCAGUGGGACAGCCUCCUGCUGGAAGCAGGCUUCCUGGCCGUGCUCGUGGCCCCUCUGCGCCUGUUCAAGUGGCGUUCCACAGCCUGGCGUCCACACGACAGCGUCACCUUCUGGCUGGUGCGUUGGCUGCUCUUCCGCCUCAUGUUUGCCUCUGGCGUGGUGAAGCUGACCAGCCGCUGCCCCACCUGGUGGGGGCUCACAGCUCUCACCUAUCACUAUGAGACGCAGUGCAUCCCCACGCCGGCUGCCUGGUAUGCCCACCAGCUGCCCGUGUGGUUCCAGAAGUUCAGUGUGGUGGCCACCUAUGUCAUUGAGAUCGCUGUCCCUCUGCUCUUCUUCAUGCCCAUCCGCCGCCUCCGGCUCUUUGCCUUCUACUGCCAGGUCCUGCUGCAGAUCCUCAUCAUCCUCACGGGCAACUACAACUUCUUCAACGCGCUCACCAUCGUCCUGGCCUUCUCCCUGCUGGAUGAGGAACACAUGGGGCGCUGGAUGGGGCGAGGCAAGAGGAAGCAUGGCAGCUCAGCCUGGCCCCCUACCCUCCUCUCCUUCCUCUCCACCCUGCUGGAACUGGCCACCUACGCCUUGCUGCUCUACUGGAGCGUCCACUACUUCAGCCUGGAGAUCGACUGGGAGAAGGGGUUGCUGGAAUCCAAAGUGGCCUUCACGUACCACGAGUUCACGCAGUGGCUACGAGCAGUGACGCUGCCCCUGGUGGGGCUGGGCUUCCUCUCACUCUCCUGGGAAAUCCUCUCUGCUUUGUACCGGUGUGCCUGUGUCCGUGGCUUCUUCUGGAAGCUGUGGGCCACGCUGCAGUGGGCUGUCUUCGCCACAGCUACCGUGGGGAUGUUUGCCAUCAGCUUGGUGCCCUUCACCUACAUCGACUACGAGUCCAACGGCAAGCUGUGGCCUGGCAUCCACCAAAUGUUCAGUGCAGUCGAGCGCUUCCAGGUGGUGAAUUCCUAUGGGCUCUUCCGCAGGAUGACGGGCGUUGGGGGGCGGCCCGAGGUGGUGCUGGAGGGCAGCUACGACAAGCAGAGCUGGACGGAGAUCGAGUUCAUGUACAAACCGGGCAACGUCAGUGCAGCCCCCGCCGUGGUGGCCCCCCACCAGCCCCGCCUCGACUGGCAGAUGUGGUUUGCAGCCCUGGCACACCACAGCAGCAGCCCCUGGUUUGCCAGCUUCGUCCACCGCCUGCUGCAGGGCAAAGAGGACGUGAUCCGCCUGGUGCAGGUGGAUGAGGAUAAGUACCCCUUCAGCACUCAGCCGCCCGUCUACCUCCGAGCCCAGCUCUACAAGUACUGGUUCACCCACAGCGCCGAGAGCGGGGCGGGAGCUGCACAGUGGUGGCGGCGGCAGCACGUCCAGGAGUUCUUCCCCACUGUCUCACUGGGGGACCCAACGCUGGAUGGUCUGCUUGCCCAGCACGGGCUGAAGGACAAGCUGCCCUUGAAGCGCCCCGUGGAUGCAUUCCUGCCCUGGCUCCUGAGCUCCGUGCGCCAACUCAGCCGCCCCUUCUCCCCUCAUGUUGUGCUGUGGUCCCUCUACCUGGUGGCUGCCACCACCUGCCUGCUGCGUGCCAUGGCCCGCCGGCCCCGGGGGGGUGCACCCCCCACCCGCCACAAAGCACCCAAACAGCCACGGGGGGAUCAGGGGGAGAAGAACGGGCAGCUGCGCAGGAAAGAGGGCAGGGAGGCAGAGGAGAGGGGGGAGGGCCGAAGCCGGGGGGCGGCUGAUGGUGAAGGCCCCCGUGGCACCAAGAGGAGGAAGUAGCAGUGCUGGGUGCCCCAUAUUCCACGCACUGAGUGCUGCCGCUGCCCCCCACCGCCCCCAGAUCCCCACCUUCUGCUCCCCCCCUCUCCCCCCAGCUCCAUCCCCAUGGGGGGGGGGGGGGUUCUGGCUGGGGCUGGCAUGCUGCUCUCCUGCAGUGCCUUCAUGCACAGCUGGGUCAGCGCAGCGUGUGGCUGCUUCCUUGCCCCCAUCCCCCAGCUGGGGCUGCCCAUGUGCCCCCCCCAGUUGGCUGGGCUGGGGGCUGUGCUAGGGCUCAGCUGCCCUGUGCUGGGGUGGGGGGGGGGGGGGCUGGGAAGGGGGGGGAGAAUGCUCUGCCCGCGUUGUGCUUCCCCCUCUCAGCUCAGUGGGUGGCACAGAGGUUUCCUAUAAUUUUCUAAAUAAAGCCUUUGACAUUCCA